CCCGACCCCCGCCCGCGCCGUCCCCCCGCCCCGGCGCGCCCACCGUCUGGGCGCCGGUGGCCGCGAGGCUCCGGCCCGAGGAGAUCCCCAGCGCGCCCUGCGUCUGCGCGCCCACCCAGGAGUUUCGGGGGGUACCAUUAGGGCUAGGUCAGCAUGGCAGAAACCCUGGAGUUCAACGACGUGUAUCAGGAGGUGAAGGGCUCCAUGAAUGACGGUCGGCUGAGGCUGAGCCGCCAGGGCAUCAUCUUUAAGAACAGUAAGACGGGCAAAGUGGACAACAUCCAGGCCGGGGAGCUGACAGAAGGCAUCUGGCGCCGGGUGGCUCUGGGCCACGGGCUUAAACUGCUUACGAAGAACGGCCACGUCUACAAGUACGACGGCUUCCGGGAAUCGGAGUUUGAGAAACUCUCUGAUUUCUUCAAAACUCACUAUCGCCUGGAGCUAAUGGAGAAGGAUCUGUGUGUGAAGGGUUGGAACUGGGGAACCGUGAAGUUUGGUGGGCAGCUGCUUUCCUUCGACAUUGGCGACCAGCCGGUCUUCGAGAUCCCUCUCAGCAACGUGUCCCAGUGUACCACGGGUAAGAACGAGGUGACACUGGAGUUCCACCAGAACGACGACGCAGAGGUCUCCCUCAUGGAGGUGCGCUUCUACGUGCCACCCACCCAGGAGGACGGCGUGGACCCCGUGGAGGCCUUCGCCCAGAACGUGCUGUCGAAGGCGGACGUGAUCCAGGCCACUGGAGACGCCAUCUGCAUCUUCCGGGAGCUGCAGUGUCUGACGCCCCGAGGCCGCUACGACAUCCGCAUCUACCCCACCUUCCUGCAUCUGCACGGCAAGACCUUUGACUACAAGAUCCCUUACACCACGGUGCUGCGGCUCUUCCUCCUGCCCCACAAGGACCAGCGCCAGAUGUUCUUUGUGAUCAGCCUGGACCCCCCCAUCAAGCAGGGCCAGACCCGCUACCACUUCCUCAUCCUCCUCUUCUCGAAGGACGAGGACAUCUCUCUGACCCUCAACAUGAACGAGGAGGAGGUGGAGAAGCGCUUCGAGGGGCGGCUCACCAAGAAUAUGUCGGGAUCCCUCUACGAGAUGGUCAGCCGGGUCAUGAAAGCGCUGGUGAACCGCAAGAUCACGGUCCCUGGCAACUUCCAAGGGCACUCAGGGGCCCAGUGCAUCACCUGCUCCUACAAGGCCAGCUCGGGGCUGCUGUACCCCCUGGAGCGGGGCUUCAUCUACGUCCACAAGCCGCCCGUGCACAUCCGCUUCGAUGAGAUCUCCUUUGUCAACUUCGCCCGGGGGACCACCACCACGCGCUCCUUUGACUUUGAAAUUGAGACCAAGCAGGGCACCCAGUAUACCUUCAGCAGCAUUGAGAGGGAGGAGUACGGCAAGCUCUUCGACUUUGUCAACGCCAAGAAGCUCAACAUCAAAAACCGAGGGCUGAAAGAGGGCAUGAACCCCAGCUACGACGAGUACGCCGACUCGGACGAGGACCAGCACGACGCCUACCUGGAGCGGAUGAAGGAGGAGGGCAAGAUCCGCGAGGAGCACGCCAACGACAGCAGCGACGACUCGGGCGAGGAGACCGAUGAGUCGUUCAACCCGGGUGAAGAGGAGGAGGACGUGGCCGAGGAGUUUGACAGCAAUGCCUCCGCCAGCUCCUCCAGUAACGAUGGCGACAGCGACCGGGAAGAGAAGAAACGGAAGCAGCUUAAAAAGGCGAAGAUGGCCAAGGACCGCAAGAGCCGCAAGAAGCCCCUCGAGGUAAAGAAAGGCAAGGACCCCAAUGCCCCCAAGAGGCCCAUGUCUGCCUACAUGCUGUGGCUGAAUGCCAGCCGGGAGAAGAUCAAGUCGGACCAUCCGGGUAUCAGCGUCACGGACCUCUCCAAGAAGGCGGGCGAGAUCUGGAAGGGAAUGUCCAAGGAGAAGAAGGAGGAGUGGGAUCGCAAGGCUGAGGAUGCCAGGAGGGAAUAUGAAAAAGCCAUGAAGGAAUACGAAGGCGGCCGUGGAGAGUCCUCUAAGAGGGACAAGUCCAAGAAGAAGAAAAAAGUCAAGGUGAAGAUGGAGAAGAAAUCCACACCCUCUCGGAGCUCAUCGUCGAAGUCUUCAUCAAGGCAGCUGAGCGAGAGCUUCAAGAGCAAAGAGUUUGUGUCCAGUGAUGAGAGCUCUUCCGGAGAAAACAAGAGCAAAAAGAAGAGAAGGCGGAGUGAGGACUCUGAAGAAGAAGAACUAGCCAGUACUCCCCCCAGCUCAGAAGACUCGGCGUCAGGAUCUGAUGAAUAGAGAGGAAGAUUGUGUCUCCUGGAGCUUGCCCCGUCCCAGCCCGAGUCUCCCCACCCGUGUUUUGGUAUCCGUUUUCUCCUAUGAAAUGCAGUCCUUGGAUUCUGCGCCAUCUGAACAAGCUUUCCUGCUAGCCUGCACUUCCUGGGGCCGCAGGGGAGGUGUCUCACUCUGCGGCUUCAGAAGAUGGCUGUUUAUAAUCUGGGGAGACAUCAGGUGGGGGCCAGGGCAGGGCCGGAUCCCACCGCGCCCCCUGCCUUCCUGGCCUUUGGGGUACAGCUGCUGCUUGUCCUGUACAAGUUGCCGCAGGCAGGGGUCCUGUGAGGGCAGGUCUGUAGCUCCUAACUGGGGCCUAUUUCUACUUUUAUUUUGUAUUUCUGGUCUGUGAAAAAUGAACAUUUAAUAAAGGGAACUGACUUUGGCAA